GCCGGAGGAGACGCCAUGCGCCCCGGGCCGCCCCGCGCCGCUCUCCGCCUGUGGCUGGGCUACGUCUGCCUCGCGCUGGUGCAGGCGGACAGCCCCUCGGCCCCCGUGAAUGUCACUGUCAGACACCUCAAGGCCAACUCCGCAGUGGUGAGCUGGGACGUCCUGGAGGACGAGGUCGUCAUUGGAUUUGCUAUCUCUCAGCAGAAGAAGGACGUGCGGAUGCUACGCUUCAUUCAGGAAGUGAACACCACCACCCGCUCAUGCGCCCUGUGGGACCUGGAGGAGGACACCGAGUACAUUGUGCACGUGCAGGCCAUCUCCAUUCAGGGCCAGAGUCCGGCCAGCGAGCCCGUGCUCUUCAAGACCCCACGCGAGGCAGAGAAGAUGGCAUCCAAGAACAAAGAUGAGGUGACCAUGAAGGAGAUGGGGAGCAGCCAACAGCUGCGGACCGGCGAGGUGCUCAUCAUCGUCGUGGUCCUGUUCAUGUGGGCUGGCGUCAUUGCCCUCUUCUGCCGCCAGUAUGACAUUAUCAAGGACAAUGAACCCAAUAACAACAAGGAGAAAACAAAGAGCGCGUCAGAAACCAGCACACCAGAGCACCAAGGGGGUCUCCUCCGCAGCAAGUUUCCCAACAAGCCCUCAGUGAACAUCAUCGAAGCAUGACUGCCUGUCUGCAGGGAGAAGGAUUUCAUUUUUCUUCUCUGCUGGUCUCCAGGUCCAUGGGCACAGGGACAGGGAGGACUGCGGUGGGGGGAGGCCCAGCUAGCUGCACUGUUCUCCCUCUUCCCCAUCCUAGUCUGGUGAAGGAGGCUGAACUACAAACCCAAAUUCUGCAAAAAAUAAACAAGCCACAAAACUAAAAGGCCUGGCCCCAUUCUGGAAAAGGCAAAGCUGCAUAAGACACAGCCUUCUUUCUGCCUCCUCGCCUCUCCUGGACUGGCUUCCUCUUCAAGAAAAUUUUGCACAAAGCUCCUGGGAGAUGACAAGCACCUAGACGGACUCCAGCUGUGUCUUUCAGACCGAGAGCCAUCGCAGAAGCCAUGGGGCAGGGUCAUGGCUGCCAGCAAGCUUUUUCUGGAUCCAGCCAUCACGGACUUGUUUGUGGUGUGAUGCACAACUCGGCGAGUGUGUGAGAUGUUCUGUUUUGUCUCUUUUGGAAAACAUGACUGAAGGGCUUCACUCCAGGGGGCAAAGGAAUGCUCCAAGCUGAUUGCCUAUAGCCUCCAUCUUCUUUGGCCCUUAUUCGACUGUAAUAUUAUUAGUCUGGAGCCUUUAAGAAGACAAAGUGGGAAAGAGACCUGGGAGGUACUGGCCCCAUUUCUUUAGGAUGAGUCUCUUGGAGUUGGAACAAUGCUGGGUUAUGCAACUGAAAAGGUAUGUCCACGUGGGACAUCCCGGGGGCUACUGAGUCGCCUGCUCUGGAGUGGAAGGUGCUGGAAGGCAGGCCUGAGCCAUUACCGUGGAAAUCAGAGCAGCCCUGGCCUCUGGGGUCUCCAUAUCUUGCCAUCUCAUCCAGGGUUCUGGGAAAGCUACCCAGGGUCCUCAUGUCCUUCCCUAGAGCCUGAGUGGUGUGAGGUGUCAGGUCUCUCUCUCCACUGCCCCUUUCUGGUAAACAAAACAAAACAAAACAAAAUGGUGCUUGCUAAGGGAAGGCAGACUCUUCCCUCGGACUGACAAGUGAUGGCUGCUGAAUGCCUGCAUGGGAAGAGCUGGACCUCUGUGCCUUCCGUUGGUGGCUAAGGACAGGCGUGUGGGAGGACUGCGCCUAGCACAAGCCUGGCACCCAGUAGGCGCUCAGUGAAUACCUGUUGAACUGAAUGUUAAGAGCAGUGGCCCCCCAGCCAGAGAGCUGAGAGCCAUCACCCAAUGACCGCCCCUUCUUUCCGGUCUACAAGAGCUCUCCUGGCUAGGUCAGCCACCACUCUACUUGGCCCCGACGUGGCAGCACAGGGAGGGAGGAGAGACAGGAUAAAAGGCAGAUGUCAGCAAUACUAAGGGCUUCCUCAUGGAAGGGCAUGAGGCUCCAUUCAUUGUCUUGUGACUUCCAUCCCUGCUGAAUGGGGCUGCAAGGCCAAGGCUCCUUAGUGGAGAGGUCCUUACCUCUGAUCCAGUUAGAGCAAUAACCUCUUUUUAAAUGUAAAAUAAAAGACAAAUGAAAAGGCA